AUGUCUUCGGUACAAACAACAGUAGCAUCAGAAUAUUCAUCAGAAAUACAAACAGUACCCAUUGAACAUCGAUUCAAUCCAUAUUCUGAUAAUGGAGGUACGGUUUUAGGUAUUGCUGGAGAAGAUUUUGCUGUAUUAGCCGGCGAUACAAGACAAGUUGAAGGUUAUUCAAUACAAUCACGAUAUGAAAGUAAGAUUCAUGAUGUUGGUGAUGAUAUUUUAAUGACGGCUAAUGGAUUUGCUGCUGAUGGAAUAGCAUUAAUAGAUCGAUUUAAACAACUGUUAAUUUGGUAUAAAUUUGAUAAUAAUGGGAAAAAAUUAGCUAUUAAAAGUGCUGCAAGAUAUAUUCAACAAUUAUUAUAUGGUAAAAGACUUUUCCCAUAUUAUGUCAGUACUUUAAUUGCUGGAUUAGAUGAAGAAGGUAAGGGGGCAGUAUAUUCUUAUGAUCCAGUUGGUUCAUAUGAAAGAGAACAAUGUAGAGCUGGUGGUGCUGCUGCUAGUUUAAUUAUGCCAUUUUUAGAUAAUCAAGUCAAUUUCAAAAAUCAAUUUGUUCCAGGAACUGAUGGUAAAGAGAAAAAACCAUUGAAAUAUUUGACAUUAGAAGAAGUGAUUCAAUUAGUUAGAGAUGCUUUCACUUCUGCUGGAGAAAGACAUAUUUAUGUUGGUGAUGGGUUAGAAAUAAAGAUUGUGACUAAAGAUGGUAUUAGAACUGAAUAUUAUCCAUUGAAGAGAGAUUAA